AUGCAGUCCACGCAAGCAACACCAGAAGACAAAAUGGAACUAUCAGCAGUGACAGUGUCUUCAAGGAUCCCUGAUUUUUGGCGUGACCAACCCCGACUUUGGUUCGUGCAAUGCGAGGCGAUACUGGGACCGCAAAAAUUAAGCGACGAAGCGAGAUACAACUUGGUGGUCACAAAAUUGGGAAAGGAGGUCGUCGAACAAGUUAGCGACAUACUACUGAAACCUCCCGAGUCUGGAAAAUUCGAAGCCUUGAAAACUCGCCUAAUGACUGUCUACGAGGAAUCGGAGAUGCGACAGUUCCAAAAACUCUUAAGUGAGAUGGAACUUGGCGACCAGAAGCCCUCCCAGCUCCUGCGUCGCAUGAGUGACCUAGCUCGCGACAAAAUACCCGAUGAGACUCUAAAAAUCAUGUGGCAGAGCCACCUUCCGUCGUCCGUUCGAGCCGUGCUUGCCGUCAGCGAUGUCCAGGUUUUGGAUAAAUUAGCCGCCAUUGCUGAUAAGGUCAUGGAGACCUCCAGACCCAUACAAAUAUCCGAAGUUCAGGCGUCACCUUCAACCAGUUCAAACG